AUGUACAUGUCAACAUACUUUAGAUUCGCACUGAUAGCCAACAAAGCCCAUCAAGCGAAAGAUUAUGUAGUAAGCACGACAUUAACAAAGGUCAAGGGUGUAUCGUAUACCAACCUGUCUACUGUUGAUCCGAGCAAUAUCGCAGUAGAGGAUAUAUCGCCGUAUAACAGAGUCUGGGACGAGGCUGACUAUGUCAUUCCACCACAGAUGCAAAACUCAUUUUUUGUGAUGACCAACAUGGUAAUUACAGAGGACCAGACACAGGGCGAAUGCGCUGAGGACCCCAGCAUUAGUUCUGCAAUAUGUGUGAAUGACAGUGAUUGUUCAAUUCCAUCACCUGUCAGAGGGCAUGGGCCACGUACUGGUAGAUGCAUAGACCACCCUGGCACCACCCUGGAGUAUCCUGGCAACAAAACAUGUGAAGUUAGGACAUGGUGUCCGGUUGAAAAGGACCAACUACCGAGGACAGACAGGGCAGUAUUGUACGAAGCAGCUAAUUUCACCGUACUGAUAAAAAACGCUAUAACAUUUCCUAAGUUUGAUUUUAGAAAGCGUAACAUUUUGCAAACUGAUAAUUCCACGUUUCUGGAAAAAUGCCUGUACAACGAGGAAGACGAAAGCUAUUCUAUGUGCCCUAUAUUCAGACUUGGUGAUAUUGUUGAGUAUGCUGGCCAUGAUUUUGAGAAAAUUGCAUAUACGGGCGGUUCGAUUGGUAUAGUUAUAGACUGGACGUGUAAUUUAGAUAUAUCACAUGACAAAUGCAAACCCAAAUACAAAUUUCUUCGUAUAUAUAGAGAAGACGCGAAAAUCGCUCCUGGAUUUAAUUUCAGAUUUUCCUACAAAUAUCGAAAUAACGGCAUUACAUAUCGAACCCUGACUAAAGCUUAUGGUAUCUUAUUUGAAAUAGUGGUCGAAGGUGAAGCUGGAAAAUGUAGUGCAACUAAGAUUUUGUUACUUAUUGGUGCAACUAUUGGAGCAAUUAGCAUAGUUUCUGGAAUUUUCACAUGUAUUAUGAGGGCAUCUAACAAACAGUUCGACAAUGCAUCAAAUGAAAUAUUUGAAGACAAAAAAUGGUCUUGCAGAAAUAGGUUUGAUGAAAUACGUCAAUCUUUCAAAGAAGGAUUUGUCAAAUUGAAGUCUUGUAAAUGUUUCAGCGGUGAAGCACGUGGUGAUGACAGCAACAGUGGUGAAGCAAGUGGUGAUGACAAUAAAAGAAAAGGACAAGAAUUUGCUAACGCUGCAUACGAACAUGCAUAA